AUGGAGGCCAAGAAGCCAUUUAGCUUCGUGCAAAAGUCCAUCUCUGCUGUUCUAGCAGAAACGUCAAUAACCAAAGCGCUACUCGGAGACAACUUAACAGCGCACUGUGGCAUUGCACUUACAUCUUUCUCCACUCGUCUAUACUACUUGAGCGUCGUGCCUGAACAGUUCAAGUCUCUGUUUCCAGAUAUGGUCCUCGCAAUAAUCGCGUUCGCCUAUACAUUCGACAUAGCAAAUCAAGCCUUUUCCGUUGAUGAGGACUUGAUCAACAAACCGCACAGGCCCAUCCCAUCAGGUCAAAUGAGCCAAGAGGGCGCAUACAUCCGUUGGGCACUAAGUUGGUUACUGUUUCCCACCAUAAUAUAUGUGAAUGUUGGCCCUAUCGCUGCGACAUCACUGCUCUCAUGGGAGGCAUGGACGUUCCUAUUCUACGUGUGGCCGAAAUUUGACAACUGGAUUGCUCGGAAUGCCUUUACAGCUGUUGGAGCUGUCAUCCAGCUGCGUCUUAUAGAUGCUGUGCUCGCUCAUCAUGUGCCCACUUUCGCAAAUAGUAGCUCUUUGGGCUAUGUGAUCUUCUCUUGGCUAUUUAUGACCAUUCAUGUCCAGGAGUUCCAUGAUAUCGAGGGCGAUAGAAAGGCAGGGCGCCAGACAUUGCCGCUGCUUCUAAGUUCUCGUGGACAAAUUUGGCUACGAGUCGGGACGGCCAUCGUGAUGAUUACGGCUGCACUGGCGAGGGUCACUUUGACUGGGCACCAUUGCUCAUCGAUGCAUUCGGUGUGUUUUCUUGGACUCUGCCUUCUACUCUCGACGUCGGUUUUGUCUGUGCGACUAGUUGGGCUCCGUCAUAAGGAAGCCGAUAAGAUCACUUACAAAUACUUUUAUUUCCUAGCAACAUAUCUCAUGUUGUUUUUCCAUGCACAUGUUGAAGCGAGGAGUGGCUGA